AUGAAACCACAAUUCCAUGCCAGAACAAAAAGCUUUUUUCAGAGUGGAUGGGGAGGUAGAAAUAUCUCGGAAUACUGUAAAUGGAAUGGUAUUGUGUGCAAUGAAGCUCAAAGUGUUACAGAGAUUUCAACUAAGAAAUAUUUUUAUAUUCCUUCAACAAAAGCUCAUAUUCAGCAUUUCAAUGUGGCUGCAUUCCCUGAUUUAAUCAGUCUAGAGCUUAGUGGAUCAGGACUCAAAGGAAACAUUCCUUCAGAAAUAAGCUCCCUGAAGAAACUUCUCCAUCUUGAUUUGUCUUCUAAUUUUCUUCAAGGUGAGUUAUCUAGUUCUCUUUCAAGUCUCACUCAACUUCAAACACUUAACAUUUCUAAUAAUCUUCUUACUGGUGUGAUCCCUUCUACUUUGGGCCAGUUGAAGAAUUUGAUCCUACUCUCCCUUGACUCAAACCAGAUUAAUGGCCACAUUCCUUCAGAACUAGGGAGUUUAAGAGGUUUGGAGCAGUUAACUCUUUCAAAUAACUCACUCAAUGGCUCAAUCCCUUCUACUUUAGAGCAUUUGAUCCAUCUCAAAGUUUUGGAUCUUUCUCAUAAUAAGAUUUCUGGUGUUAUACCAGAAGGGAUAUCUGCACUGACAGAACUAACUAGUGUUCAACUUUCUUGGAAUCAAAUAACUGGUUCUAUUCCACCUGGGAUUGGGAAAAUCCUAAGACUUCAAAGUUUAGAUAUUUCCAACAAUCAUCUUCAGGGACAUGUCCCAGAUGAUGUUUUAGAGCAUUGUCAGUAUCUGCAGUUAAGGAACAACUCUUUAAAUGGGAGCAUUCCUUCUCAAGUAGGAAAUAUUUCAUAUCUAGAUCUUAGUUAUAAUGAUCUCACUGGCAACAUACCUGAGGCCCUUCAUUCUGUUUCUCACCUUAAUUUGUCUUACAACUCCUUUAAUGCUUCAGAUCACAGUUUUUGUGGUUUUCCAAAAGACUCUUUAAUUGGUAACAAGGGUAUGAAAGAUUCUUGCUCUUUUAAUGUUGAUGUUUCUGAUGCUGACAUUUCUCUUGUAAUGAUACUUGUCUUUUCUACCUUCAAUGGCAUGAUUUUCUCAAUGGUCCUUGUCUGUUGGGGAAUUCAUGUUUUCUGUCCCCUGCAUAAUGAGUUUGGAAAUGAGCAAAGAAGAAAGAAUGGAGACAUGCUUUCAAUUUGGAACUAUGAUGGUAAGAUUGCAUUUGAAGACAUAAUUAAGGCCACAGAAGAUUUUGAUAUAAGGUACUGCAUAGGAACAGGUGCUUAUGGGAGUGUGUACAAAGCAGAACUUCCCAGUGGCAGAAUUGUUGCACUGAAAAAACUUCACGAAGCAGAAUCUGAAAAUCCAUCCUCUUACAAGAGCUUUUGCAAUGAAACCAAGAUCUUGACAGAAAUUCGCCAUCGUAACAUCAUCAAGCUCUAUGGCUUUUGCUUGCAUAACAAGUGCAUGUUUUUGGUGUAUGAGUACAUGGAAAGAGGAAGCUUAUUUUGUAACUUGUCUUAUGAUGUUGAAGCUCAAGAGCUGAAUUGGAGCAAGAGGAUAAAUGUUGUAAAAGGAAUAGCCUAUGGCUUGGCUCACAUGCACCAUGAUUGUACACCACCAAUUGUUCAUAGAGACAUAAGCAGUAACAACAUUUUGUUAAACUCAGAGUUGCAGGCUUUCAUCUCAGACUUUGGCACUGCAAGACUUCUUGAUUUGCAUUCAUCGAAUCAGACUCUUCCUGCUGGUACUUAUGGAUAUGUUGCUCCAGAAUUGGCUUACACCUUGAGUGUGACCACCAAAUGUGAUGUUUAUAGCUUUGGAGUAGUGGUUUUGGAAACAAUGAUGGGUAGACAUCCAGCUGAAUUGAUUUCUUGUUUAUCAGAACCAUCCAUUCAGAAGAAGAAGCUGAAAGAUAUAUUGGACUCACGUAUUCCACUACCACAUUUUAGAAAAGAUAUGCAAGAUAUUGUGCUUGUUGUAACGUUGGCCUUAGCAUGUUUGAGUCCACACCCAAAAUCCAGACCAUCAAUGCAGGAAAUAGCUAAUGAGCUUUUAGCUUCCAAGCCACCAUUGCUUUGGCAUUUUGAUAGCAUUUCCAUUCACCAACUCAUAAAGCAAAAAAUAUAUAUAAUUGGCAGAAGUUAGGAUAACUCUCAUGGUUAUUUAUGAUGUGAUUGUAUUAUAUGACUCAUUAAUGUCAUUUUUUCUUGCUUAUAAGAAUAUUGU